GCGGGUCUGUGCGGGACGGAGAAGGGAAGCGCAGGAGAGGAGGUCGCUGUGCUGAGGGGAGAGAGAGAGAGAGGGAGGGAGAGGGGAGACGGUGGUGGGGGGGCGGGAGCGGCGCCGACAUCAACCUCAGCAGGGUAUUCGACAAGAUGGCAUUCAGUAAAGGAUAUCGCAUCUAUCACAAACUGGAUCCACCUCCAAGUCCUUUUAGUGUGAUGGUGGAAACCCGAAACCGUGAGGACUGUCUGAUGUUUGAAUCCGGAGCUGUGGCAGUUCUGUCGGCAGCAGAGAAGGAGGCCAUCAAAAGCAUGUACACCAAACUAAUAGAUGCAUAUGGGCUUUUGGGAGUUUUGAGGCUGAAUCUUGGUGACAGCAUGUUGUAUUACCUGGUCGUGGUAACUGGCUGUAUGUCAGUGGGGAAGAUACAGGAUUCUGAAGUCUUCAGGGUCACUUCCACUGAGUUUAUUUCUCUUCGAAGUGACCCUACAGAUGAAGAACGCAUCUCUGAAGUGCGGAAAGUGCUGAAUUCGGGGAGCUUUUAUUUUGCUUGGUCUGCCAGUGGAGUCAGUCUGGAUCUGAGUCUGAAUGCCCAUCGUAGAAUACAAGAGCACACAACUGACAAUAGGUUCUUUUGGAAUCAGUCAUUGCAUUUGCACCUGAAGCAUUAUGAUGUGAAUUGUGAUGAGUGGGUUCUGAGACUCAUGUGUGGAGGAGUGGAGAUCAGGACUAUUUAUGCUGCUCACAAACAAGCAAAAGCUUGCCUGAUUUCACGUCUCAGCUGUGAAAGAGCUGGAACCAGGUUCAAUGUGCGAGGAACAAAUGACUCUGGACAUGUAGCUAACUUUGUUGAAACAGAACAGGUGAUAUUCUUGGAUGACUGUGUAACCUCUUUUAUUCAGAUCAGAGGUUCUAUCCCGUUGUUCUGGGAGCAGCCGGGCAUUCAGGUUGGGUCUCAUCGUGUACGAUUUUCCAGGGGGUUUGAAGCCAAUGCACCUGCAUUUGACAGACAUUUACGAGCACUUAAACAGCAAUAUGGGAAACAGAUAAUAAUUAACCUCCUAGGAGUGAAAGAAGGGGAACACAUGCUUAGUAAAGCCUUCCAAAGUCACCUGAAGGCCUCUGUGCAUGCUAACGAUAUCCUCAUGGUGAAUUUUGACUACCACCAACAAGUGAAAGGUGUGAAGUCAGAUAAACUUAGCACCCUGCUGAAACCCAAACUGAAACCAUUUCUAGAAGAUUGCGGUUUCUUUUAUUGUGAUUCUAAUGGAGUUCAGAGGACCCAGACUGGUUCCAUCAGAACCAAUUGCCUUGACUGCCUUGAUAGAACUAACAGUGUUCAGACAUUCAUUGGGCUGGAGAUGCUUCCCAAGCAGCUAGAAAGUCUGGGACUUGCUGAGAAGCAGCAGAUGGUCACAAGGUUUCAAGAAGUCUUUCGUUCUAUGUGGUCAAUGUGUGGCGACUCGAUCAGUAAAAUCUACGCUGGAACUGGAGCACUGGAAGGAAAGGCAAAGGGUGGAAAGCUGAAAGAUGGAGCACGAUCUGUGUCGAGAACCAUUCAGAACAAUUUCUUUGACAGUUCGAAACAGGAAGCCAUUGACAUACUGCUGUUUGGUAAUACCUUGAACAGUGACCUGGCAGAUAAAGCUCGUGCCCUCCUAACCACAAGCACUUUACAUGUUCCAGAACUGACACUCCAAUCAGCCUCCCCUCGAAUCUUGCACGGAAUGUGUCAAAAUUAUCAUAAGUACACAGUACCAAAACAUAUACGAAUCUGUGUUGGAACCUGGAAUGUGAAUGGGGGAAAACAAUUUCGCAGUAUCGCUUUCAAGAAUCAGACACUCACUGACUGGUUAUUAGAUGCACCAAAAUUAGCUGGUGUUCAGGAUUUUCAAGACAAGAAAGACAAACCGGUGGACAUUUUUGCUAUUGGUUUUGAAGAAAUGGUUGAACUGAAUGCCGGGAACAUUGUAAGUGCAAGCACCACUAAUCAGAAAGUGUGGGCCGCUGAGUUGCAGAAGACCAUCUCCAGAGAUCUCAAGUAUGUUCUGUUGGCUUCCGAGCAACUGGUUGGCGUCUGCCUGUUCAUCUUCAUCCGACCCCAGCACGCACCGUACAUCAGGGAUGUAGCCGUUGACACAGUAAAGACUGGAAUGGGAGGAGCGACUGGUAACAAAGGGGCCGUUGCUGUACGCAUGCUUUUCCACACAACCAGUCUGUGUUUUGUUUGUGCACAUUUUGCUGCAGGCCAGUCGCAAGUCAAGGAAAGGAAUGAAGAUUACAUUGAAAUCUCUCGCAAGCUGAGUUUUCCGAUGGGAAGGUUACUGUUUUCCCAUGAUUAUGUCUUUUGGUGUGGAGAUUUCAACUACCGCAUUGAUCUUCAGAAUGAAGAUGUUAAAGAGCUGAUCAGACAGCAGAACUGGAAGAGUCUUCUAUUAGGUGACCAGCUUCUGAACCAAAAAAGCAUUGGAAAUAUUUUUCGAGACUUUCUGGAGGGCGAUAUAACCUUUGCUCCGACUUACAAAUAUGACCUGUUUUCCGAUGAUUAUGACACAAGUGAGAAAUGUCGUACUCCAGCCUGGACCGACCGCAUUCUUUGGAAAAGAAGAAAAUGGACAGUUGAUAAAGCAGGUGAGCACUUGGUGAAUUCCACAAUUAGCGAUGAAGAUAAGCCACCGUACACAUGGACUCCUGGAGAACUGGUAUAUUACGGAAGAGCAGAACUGAAAACGUCUGAUCACAGGCCUGUGGUUGCUAUUGCAGAUAUAGAUAUUUUUGACGUUAAUCCAGAGGCUCGACAGCGAGUGUACAAGGAAGUUAUUUCUCAGCAGGGACCACCCGAUGGGACAACAGUAGUGUCACUGAAUAGCACCUCCCCAGACUGUGAUUAUUUCGAUGAUAACUUGAUAGACCAAUUGCUUCAACAAUUCACUGCAUUUGGGGAAGUUAUUUUGAUAAGGUUUGUAGAAGACAAAAUGUGGGUGACAUUCCAGGAAGGCAGUUCUGCUCUGGCCGUGCAGACUUUACAUGGCACCGAAGUGCUGGGGAAGAUGAUCAGCGUGAGUCUGAAGAACCCAGAUUGGAUUAAAAAGUUGGAGGAAGAGAUGAAUCUGGACAGAGUCAUUCCUGGUUUAUCUGUCUCUCCCAGCUCUGCCCUGCUGGAGGAGAAUGCGGAUCUCUCAGCAGGCUAUUACAUGGAAGGAGAUGUGGAUGCGGAAGUGGAGGAGAUCUCUCAGCGCUUGCAGCUUGCCGUUAGUUCAGGCCUCUCUCCUUGUUCAACCCCAGGAUCGAGCCCUUGUCCAUCACCCACAUUAUCAGAAAUGCUUCCACUUUCACUGCCCAGUACAUCAAGUAGAGCAACUUCCAGAUCGUCCAUAUCUUCACAAGAUACCAUAAAUCAAGCAUCUUCAACAGAUACUAUAUAUGUAUCUCAGAAGGAAACCAGUCCAACUGUGGAACCGAAACGGCCACCUCCACCUCGACCAACUGUCCCGCCUUCACGCCCUGCUCCACCUCAGAGACCACCACCUCCUUCAGGAGCUCGAAGCCCAGCACCUGCUAGGAAAGAGUUCAAAGGUAAAAGUCCUGGGGCACCUGUCAGUCCAGGGUUAGCUAGGAAGGAAUUGGAAGUCCCCCAAAGCCCAGCCCAAGCCAGAAAAGAACUAGAAGAAGGCCGUGGUCCAACAAUUGUGCAGACAACAUUAAGUUCAGGAUCCACAUGCAGACCGAACAUACCACCUCGAGUUGGAGUUAUCAGUGCACCACAUCAUCAUGUAAAACCAGCUGUCGGAGGUCCACUACCAGAUGCUCAGAGCAAGCUGCUAGUACCAUCAAAAGGGCCUAUGCUUUUACCAGAACCACUUAAGCCACAGAUUGCUACCCCUCUUCAACCACAUCCUCCCCCAACAGGUCCCCCCAAACUGCAAGACCCCCUGAAACCCAUCGGAUUGAAACCAGUUUCACAGACGCCACCCCCUUUUCAGAGCUUAGAGCCUCCACCACCCCAGCCUCCGCCCCGCAGCAAAUCUGCCCAGAAUCUGCCAACAGAGCCUACUGGUGCAACACAGCUGAACAACGGAAGCAGUAAUGGAAUUAACAAUGGAGGAUCAUCUAAUAGUGACCCGUUUGCUGACCUUUCAUUUGACCGGCUUGCUGACCCUUGGACAAAGGCCCUGUUGUCAAGUGGAAGCUCAAUGCUACAGCCACCAGCACAUCCCUCCAUAUUAGUGUUUCCAACCUCAAUCAAGCAAGAGACCAACCAGCCUGCCGCAUCCGCACAAGAUAAUUGCAUGCCAUUCGUACCACCGAUUCCCCCGCGAAGCAAAUCGCAGGAGAGCUUCCGAGUCUCGCCCAAUCCUUUCGGCUGUGCGCCGGAUAACAAAACGUGCAACUCAAACCCUUUCACCGGAAAAAGCAACCAGAAUCCAUUUAGGACCGACUCUGCCAACACUGUUCAAAAGUCCCCUGUUUCACUGCACCCCACCUCUGUGGAAACCAGCAGCAGCUUCCCAAUCCUGUCUACUGCGCCAUCGAUCGCUGAAGCCGGGGCAGGCAAAGCUACUUUUAAUCCUUUUGCAGGCACCGAUUUCUUUCCGAGUAAACCUGCUACGAACGACAAAAGCGGAUGGGUGACCUUUGAGGACAACGAUUUUAAUCUAAGAAAGGAAAACGUAGUGACCCAUGCGAAACUGAUCCACACCCAGAAGGCAUCGAACGAAGAUCGGGGGAGUUUUUCUUCAUUGCCAUCCACCGAGAAAUCCUUUCCUGGUACAGAUUUUGGAUUUGGCAGUGACUGGAAUCCAAGCAGUAUGGCGGUUGGUUCUUCACGCUCUCUACCAGGUCGAAGAGCACCCCCUAUACCCGUGCGGUCGCAUGUCACUCCACCUCUCCUGCCAUUCACGUCGCAGGCACCUGAUUUGUUUCCCAAACAGGAGUUUACAGAAAGAUGAGGGCCUUCAGAUAAGAUGUCAAAACCAAAAUGCUGUGUAACGCAUUGUUUUAAUUCUUUGUCAGGGCUUUACAUGUGCAAUAUGUUGUGUUGAAAUGUCAAUCAGAGCACUGGGGAUGUCUCUUUAGAACUGAUCCUGAACUGGUGUUACAUAAAAAUAAAUUGGUAAUAGUUCUCUGAGGUCAGCAGAAGAUUUUAUUUUGUUUAUAGAGUGCAUACUUCAAAGUUGACCUGGAUGUGGUAUCAACAAAUUGGCUAGAUAUUGGGAAUUGAUCCAGAAUGCAAUAUGAAUUCAAAAAUGAUUGAUGCUAGAGGGCUGCGGAAAAUACGUUUGCUACGGAUUACACGACUGAUACUUUUACAAAUGCGCAAUUUGCGUUCUGGUUAUAGUGAAAGUACAGUAAUGCCGUUCUAACUGAAUCUGUCAACCCAAACUUGCCGCAACUCUGCAGUCACGAUAGGUUGUGUAGUAAUGAUUCAAUGCUAGAAUGUUGCGACUGCUUUGUUAUGAACAGAAUAUUUGCAUUGUUUUGAGCAUUUGUAAGAAAUGGCUUACGUUUUCUGACGUUUUUAUGCUAAAACUACUAUUAUAUUUGGGUAUUCUAAACUUAAAAAUCGGUGGUCAGAGACUUUUUGUUUGUGAAUAGUGGUUUAACAUGCUAUCCUUUCACUUCUGGUCUUGGGUUCAGAUUGAGUGUAGACUGAUGAUCUGUCCUAACCCUGGAUGCUAUUAGGCUUUUACAUGACAUGGGUUUGGACUAUCUCUUCCCAUCUUCUGGUGGCCACAUGCCUUCAGCACAAAGCUUUCUAAUUGGCACUAGGUUGGAAAUCUCAUUCUGAGAGCCCACAAGAAUGACUGAUGUGGGAAAUGUCACCACCAGUGCAAGCUUUUCUUAAGUUAGAGUAGAAUACAGGAAACUAUAGCUGUGGCGUAUCUGAGAAGUGCUUGAUAUUGUCCCUAGUUAUCUGAAACGAGAAAGUAUUCCAAGUGUUUCCCGCUUUGAAGCCCCAAGCCUCCUUUACCAAAAAAGCUCAUGAUUCCUUUUGCCUCUUGCAGCCCCCGCUUUCAAAAAUUCUGUUCUAAAUUGCAUCUCAUUCAUCAGGGGAUACUUUCUGUUUGAGACCUAAUAUUUUGCACUUGUUUUGCACCUAUGCAAAGUACAACUAUGCUAAGCAACGACACUGAGAAGCUGAAUGCAGAAGCACAUUUCAACACAAACCAAAACUCCCAAUGUAAUUGCAGUUGUAUUGUGUGUGUUACCUGUGUUUUAUCCCCCCACCCACGCACAGGUUAAGUGUGUCCCUACCUAAAAGCAAAGUUUCUCUACUUUCAUUUUUUUACAUUUUUUUAAAACAAAUUUCUGGAAAGAAAGCUUGCAUUUUUCUAAUGCCUUCUGCUGACAUAUCUCGAACUGCAUGCAAAACAUCUAAAAAAUGCAGUACAACACCGUUGCCCUGUGAUUUGUUUUCCUUCAUCUACAGAUUGGGGCGGUGGAUUCAGCACAAAAACUGUCUGUUCUUUUUCAUUGACUCACCAAACUGACCGUCGGGUGCAGAAAGCCCACACAGAAUGGCCAAUGCGAGCUGCUGCAGUGGGAGAUGCCCUUUCUAAAUUAAGGUUUAUGCACGUUGCUUGGGCUGAGGGGUCGGAUCUUUAUGGCACUUUAAUUUUAAUUUAAAAUAGCUGCACUUUCACAGGGAUUUGAAAGGGAGAUUAGCUUUCACUGCUCAGUCAUAGAACUAUAAAAUUCAGGAAGGACACACAAGUAUUCAGACCACUGGUUUAUCAAUGCUCACUGCCUAUGAAGAUUAUUACCAAUGGGGGGAGCAGGAGAGAAAAGGUUGUGUGAUCGUCAAUCCUUUAUAUUCAUUAAAAUGUGAAUGGUGAUAUGGUAGGUUGUGUGUGAGUGUGUUUUGGGUGGGGUUCACACUGUCUGAUUUAUACUUUAGCUGAUGGACUUGUUCACUGCUGUGAGAUUCAUCGCCUUGGGAUGUCCUCCCGACAUGUAUCGCGCUAUACAAAUGUAAUUUGUUGUUGUUAUUGAGAUUAUCUCUUCCAGGUCAUCUUGUUAUCAGUGUACUAGACAUUCACAUUGGAUUCAGUAUAAGAGCAACGACAAAGUUACAUUUACAUUUGAGAAAAGCAGCACAACAAUACAUUAACUGUUAUGUUUUUAUACCUGACCUCAAUGCUUGACCAUUAAUUAAUACAUUAAUUAAAAAUGUUCCAUCUUUUCCACCACUAACAUUCCUCAUGUCAAAGAGCAUGAAUCCCUAACCCCUAAACUUUCUGCCUACAAAUCGAUUGAUAGCUUACUGAUCUUUUUUUUUAUUACCUAAUGUUGUUGGUCACACACGCACACACACGUGGCACAAUUAAGUUAAAAAGAGAGAAAAACACACACAUUACGAGUUGAUCUUGGGGUCUGCAGAGGAUAUGGGAGCAGAACAAAAGCUGCAAUCUGUUGAAUCAUUAAAGCCUCAUAAAUAUUUCUAAGUAGAUCAUUCUUCUAGCAUUAAAAUUCCAUUCUUCCCCUGAUUUGAUAUACUUUACAGAUAUCAAUCUGGUAAGGUGUGCGUCACAGGCUCUUGACUCUGGAUUGCCGGUGUUCAGAUAAAGGCAAAAAUUCCACAGUUUUUAUGAAAACAUUUGUCCAAAAAAGUUGCAUAUAAAGCUGGUAAGUCAUCCUUUUGGUCCACUUGAAACCAAUAUGUGGUACCAUGUCUUUUAUCAAUUUGAUGUUUCAGAAACUGACCUGAAGUGCAGAAGUUCCUUCAUUAAAUAAGGAAUUUGGUUAAAACGCUGGUGGAAAUAUUCACUUUUUUUCUUGCAGUCUUGCUAUAGGAUAGUGUAUUGGCUGAGUUCUUACUACUGAUAUCCAAAGGAGGCUUUAUCAAAAGUGCUUGAUGCUGCUCUUUUUGCCUGUGGUGCAAUGCUGUUAUAUUAAAAAAAAACACUUUCUGGUCAUAUUUCAGCUGAACUGUGUCUAAGUGUACAAAAUGUAAUUCUAGUAUCUAAACUUAAAACUUUCAGUGUGUAAGUAAGGUGUUGCCCUUGUGCAAAUUGCCAGUUUGUGGUAACUUAAGCUUUCUACAGUACUGCCUUUCAUGGUUCAUGAAAGAAGUGGAAUAUGUAAUGUGGUUUGCAACACCUUAACAAUGUUUACAAAGUCCUAACUGCACUGUCUCAGUCCAUAGCAAUGUAGUAACCUUGGCUGUUUAUAGUUUUUAUAGAUUUCCUGAUCUCUGAAGUGUCCUACUUUAUCAAUGUGUAAUCCUACAAAUUAAAUGUGGUAUAUUAUGAAGUAUUCAGUAAAUGUUUUGUUUUAAUCCUUUCUGAAGGACUGCAGUAUUAAGACUCUGCAUAGUAAAUUGUACAUAUUCUGUGAAGUAUGUGUUGUGUCUUAAUGCAAUAAACAUCGCUGUAUUCUACAGUU